AUAUUUUAUUUCAGGUGAUCAUGUUAUCAAUACGGAGGUAGAUAGUACUUCCCCCAUAGAUUUACCUCCCGUCAUACCAGCGGCUUCACUGAGAUUCUCGAUGCCUCCAUGGGCAGUGGCACGUGAAAUUGCUUUUCCGGUGGAAUCAACUGAUCUGCCAACUCCCACCACCAUUGAUUCAAGUACUGAAGCUAGGGCUUCAUCUUUUGCUGAGAUGGUGGAACCUAAUCCCUCUCUUAUUAGAGAAACACAACCUCUCACUGUUCCGAUACCAGCAGAAGGGAACUUACCUCAAAGCGGCACGAUAAGCUCUAGUUCAAUUGGGACUUCAUCAAAUGUGUUAUCCCUUGAGAAGAUUUCUGCAUAUAAAUUGGCAUUGAUCAGGAAUUCCAUAUUAGCUAUUGUCGAGAUGUUCAAAGAUCAUGAUCAAUGGUUAGAUCUGGAUGUUGCAUUAGAUGUUUUGGACAGUGCUGCACGGAUGGCUAAAAUCAAUGUUUCUUCCGUACAUGAUGCUCUCUUAAGAUUCCAUAAUUCAAUAACUGUUUUAUCAUUAGCUGAAACUGCGAUUGUCUCACCCAAAAUUUUGGAGUAUAGGAAGCAGCUUGCAUACUCUAAGGAGAAGCAAGAAAUUGCUCAGUUGGAGAAGCAAGGUCUGGAGGAAGAUCUGAACAUUGAAAGAGUACAGGAAAAGAUGCAAUGUAGUCUUCAUUCUGUGGACACUGAAAGAUCUGAAUUGGCUAAGAGUGAAGAACUAAUUACUUCCUUGGAAGAAAAGCUAGCUAGUAUCCCGGAUCCUACCAGAAUUAUUUCAAAUGUCAGACUGGAACAUGCGGCUGCUCAAGUUAAUCUUAAAGAAAAUUUACAAUAA